CCUCUCCCGCACCCUCUCCUCGCUCCACUACACAUCUGCCCAGCAUGUCCUCGGGCGUCAAGGUCUCCUCCGACUGUCUGGCCGCGUACCAGCAGCUCAAGCUCGGCAAGUCGCUGCGCUACAUCCUCUACGGCCUCAGCGCCGACAAGACGGAGAUUGUCGUGCUGCACACGGCCCCCGCGCAGCACGACGCCGCCGCCGACUACGACGCCUUCCUCGAGAAGCUGCCCAAGGACGACUGCGUGUGGGGCGUGUACGACUUUGAGUUCACAAAGGGCGACGAGGGCAAGAGGAACAAGAUCUGCUUCAUCAGCUGGGCGCCGGAUGACGCAAAGAUCAAGGCCAAGAUGCUGGCCGCCUCGUCCAAGGAUGCGCUGCGCAAGGCCCUCGUCGGCGUUGCUGUCGAGGUGCAGGCGACCGACAUUGACGAGGUCGCGUACGAUGCCGUUCUCGAAAAGUGCUCGCGGGGCUACUAAGCAGCUAUGAGAGUGGCUGCUCCGUGACGGGCCAUGGCGGGCCGUGGGCGGGCCGUGAGCGA